AUGUGGAUUACUGGAUGGGCAGUUUGGUUACUGGUUGGGUUGCAAAGCACGGCUUGGUGCCAGAACUUUUACGAUUCUGAUCCGCAUAUGAUGGAGCUCACACCAAAGAGUUUUGACAAAGUCAUUCACGAUACAAAUUACACAACAAUCCUUGAAUUUUAUGCACCAUGGUGUGGUUAUUGCCAGCAGUUGAAGGGAAUUAUGAAGAAAGCAGCAAAGGCGAUGAAUGGAGUGGUUCAGGUGGCCUCUGUUAACUGCGAUCUGGCAAAAAAUAAGAAAUUGUGUGCAGAGCAUAAAGUACAAGGUUUCCCGACAAUUAUGGUUUUUAGACCUCCUAAAGUGGAUAGUAGCAAGACUGGAGCUGUAAGGAUUCCGGCAAGAAAACAUGCACACGAGGUAUACAAAGGUGUAAGGAAACUGAGCCCAAUGAUUGAUUUCGCUCUCUCUAGAAUGAAAAACUACGUCAAGAGAUUGAAUGGGUUGAGUAAAUUGAGCUCUAUCCUGACAAAAUCACCAAAAAGGACAUUGAUUUUACUAUCGAAGAAGGAUAAAGUUUCACCAAUUUAUAAAUCAGUGGCCCUCGAUUGGCUUGAUACUUUUGAUUGCUACACGGUUCCAAACUCUAAGCUUCGCGUCCUCGAAGAUGGUGAUGAGCUUGCCAAGACGCAUCCCAGGAUCUUUCAGUUUUUGCACGACAUUAUCCCAGAUCAAAUAAAGAGCGAAGAAAGUAUCUUGAUUGCUCUUGACGGUGCGAAUGAUCAAUACAAAGUCAUUGAUGGUGGGUCUUUUGCGAAGACAGAAAUCUCAAGAAUACUUAACGAGAACUUCGAUAUCUUGCCCAGAGAAGGUCCAUUAAGUAAAAGAGAAAAGUACUUGCACUUCAUAAAAACGGGCAAAAAGGGUGAUUCGUGGAAGCCAAAGCUUCACGACGAAUUGUAA